CUUCUCUUCGGUCCAAACCUCUCACGCACCCGCUAUUCAACGCCGUCAUAGACACAUUUUCACUCUCAUCGACUAGCCCGCGACAUCUUCAUUUUUCCGUGUCAUCCGAAAUGCUACCUAAAAAUCUUUUCUCUCUCACUCGUCGAGGCCUGCAUUCGAAAACUAGGACAUUCUACUCGCCCACACCUGAUUUCCUUCACGAAUAUCUGUCCCAAGAUUCAUUACCCGGCGGAUCAGUGUCUGUAUUCAUGCUUUCAACCUCGCUGCCCAACUUGCCUGGCCAUCUAUCUGUCUUGCAGGCUGCUUUUCCUACCUCGAUCGGGUCUUUUUCUGUUUCUUCUCCCGGAUCAGAGCCGACAGUUUCCCUCGCAACCUUUUGGGGCACCGACAUCAAAGUUUUCAAAAGUGAUCAAACUGGUAGAGCCCCUGCUGAAGUUGGACGUUUCCAAAGACCGGAAAGGCAAAGAAAUGUCCCGCCGGAAGAUCGCAGAGGAAGUACCUCAAGAGAUGUCGAAGCUGCGUUUGGACAAGGCUGGGAGAACCUAUGGAAUGGGGAAGUGGAAAAUAAAAGGAUUGCAGAGCUCGAAGGUGUGCAAGCGGAUACUUUCCUACUUUUGAGUGAUUCCAGACCAGCACCGGUUUUGAAAGCUUUGGACAGCAUGUUUCCAAAGGCCAUCAAGACUGGCAUCUUGACUGCCCCGACUCCGUUCAUUACGAAUCGACCCAACACUUUGCUUCUUAAUGGUACUGUAAUACAAUCCGGAACCAUAGGUAUUGCUAUCAAAGGGCUUCCGUCCGUCUAUAAAACGGAUUUUGGGCUUGAACCGAUGUUGGAGCCCGUUACAAUUACUUCAGCAAAGGGAAACAUGCUGCUGGAAAUCGACGGGGCCAAUUCAAAUCCUACUCAAGUCUUGAUCAAUGCUAUCCAGCAAAGAGGCGGCACCGGUCUCACAAAGGAGGAGGAAUUCUAUUUAGGAUUUCUGGAUAAUGGCGAUGUAAAAAGGGUCAUUAGAAUCCUUAGUGGCGAUCCGAGCCGUGGCGCAAUGUCUCUCGAUAUGGAAGACUCCAUCAUAACUGGCCAAGUGGUCCAGUUCAUGCACCGGGCGGCUACUCCCCGGAAUAACCUUCCCCUUGUUGAUUCUAUAAUUUUUACCUCUCUGUCUCGGUCUGAACAAAUGGACAAUCAUUCGAUGGGAGUACCUCGGGUCAUGGAUGGCUUUAUAGCGUCAAGUGAAGAUGGCUUUGUUUAUUCUAACCCACUUUCAUCAAUUUGUACAGCACCCGAUGCGACGACUACAAUUUCUUGGGUACCUGCUGUCAUUUAAGAGUUAUUAUCAUAAUGCAUCGAUAGAAGACAUGUUUUAUU